AUGUGCAUCCAAUAGAAAUACAAAAAUUAACGGCGUACUGAUAUUUUUAAGAGAAUUAAAAAAACAAGAGAAUUGUCAUUUAUUGCGUGGAGAACUUUGAAAGAUAAGAAAUUACCUGAAUUUUAAAAUAAUUAAAUGAAUUUUGAUUAUCCAAAAUCUGAAUUUCAAACUCCUUAGAAGUAAUUUUUUGUGAGGUCCUAACACAAACACAAUUCGAGUCAGCCUCAAUUAGGAUAAUACUUUCGAGAUGUACAAGAACCUAAAAUGAAUCUAACUAAGGUAGGGUAAGAGAGUUUAAAAAAAUGGGAUUUCUUCUCUGAUCCUUUUAGUCUACCUGAGAAAUAUUUAAUUAGUCCACAAAACAAAAUAAAGACUGAAACAACUGAUUUGGGAUAUGAUAGCCUUGAUUUUAUGUUGGGAAAAUAAACCGAUAGAUACAGCUCAGGAUCUCUUCAAGCACUGCAUUAAUAAACCUAAUCAGAGAAAAUAAUUGGUAAAAAGGUCUAGUUUUCUGAGUUAGUCUCAGUAAAGAAUGAUGAUGGAAGCGAAUCUGAAGAACCUAUAUAAAAGCGAUCAAGACAGAAGGCAAGAAAAAGUAAGUUCUCAAUGAAAAGUUAGAGGUCAAUUAUACAAGAUUGAAUUUACGAUACUUAAUUUUCAAAGCCAAUUUAUUUAUUAAC